AUGCCAUUCUUUCGUUCAUCACACCUAUACACUCGUUUACGGGACAAGAUCCCCACAUCCCUACAAUGGCAACAAGGCGAUUCAGCAACAAAAGGCGACCCUCGAAAAAGUGUUAAAUGGAUUGAUGGCCUACGAGGUAUCGCAUCAUUCCUAGUAGUCCUAACUCAUCUCGCUCGUGCGUGGGAUUACGACCUCUUCUCCCCGAGAGAUACCGAGGAUGCAACCCCCCGAAUCCUCCAAUGGCCCAUCUUGCGCAUCCCGUGGCAAGGCCGGGUAGGAGUCACGAUAUUUGCUUUCCUAACGGGCUACGUCUGUGCCCUGAAACCAAUUAAACAAUCCCGCAGCGGGGAUAAAGGCGCGGCAUUAACAACUGUUGCUAAAAGCGCGUUUCGACGACCACCGCGCUUGAUUCUCCCAGCUACUAUUGCAUUGCUGAUAUCGUGGGUUGUGGCACAAUUUGGUGGUUUCAUUGUGGCCAAUCGGUCUGAUUGCUGGUGGUGCCGAUAUGCAGCGCCGGAGUUGGAGGACUCAUUCUGGAAAGAGGUUGUCAGACUUGGAGGAAAUUUCUUGUCUACAUGGACGACGGGCUAUAUGGCCUACGAUGAUCAUCAAUGGGCUCUUUUACCGUUAUUGAUGUCUUCAAUGCUGGUUUAUAUCAUGCUGGUGGCGACGGUGUUUAUGCGUUUCAAGUACCGGAUGCUGGUCUAUAUUGGGAUGAUGUUAUAUUUCCAUCAAGACGCGGCUAAAAACACUGAAACCUUCCAACUGCAAGCUAUCUAUGGUAUGCUCCUCAGCGACCUCUCAUACGACACAACCCUCAAAACCUGGAUUCAAGAACACCGCUACCUCCGCAAAGCAAUCACCUUCCCCCUCGCAAUCCUAGGACUUCUAAUUGCUUCAUACCCAGGCGAAAACCCGGAGUGGGCAACUUGGUCCAACGGCAUGUUCAAAGCAGCAACAUACAUCUUCCCACCCGACGUGAACAUCGGCAAACGCUACACAGCAAUCGGAGUGGACAUGAUCAUCCUGGCAAUCUAUCUUUCCCCGACUACGAAAGACUUCCUCGCGAACCGCGUCUUGCUGUGGCUGGGUAAGCAGAGUUUCGCCGUAUACCUCAUCCACGGCACAAUGCUGCGCGUUGUGCUUUGUUGGAUGCUGUAUGGUAUCACUGGCCAGCCAUGGGAUGGCCCCGAGGGGGCAACGGAUGAUAUUCGGGAUGAUUGGCUGCCGUUGAGAUCGCCGUGGGUUGUUGGUGUUAGUAUUCCGAUAUGGAUUGGGCUUGUCUAUGCUUGUGCCACGGCCUGGACUGCGUACGUCGAUACAUUCUGUGCGAGGAUGACGGCGAAGAUAGAGAAGGCUGUUUUUGUGAGGAUUGAAGGCGAGAAGGAGAGCUUGCCUUUGCCUGCUACAUCUAUUCCUAUGCAGACUGCGUGA